AUGAUUUCUGGUCGGUGUGCAGCUUGCAAGUAUUUGAGAAGGAGAUGUCCUUCAGAUUGCAUUUUCUCUCCUUACUUUCCUUCUAAUAAUCCUCAAAGAUUUGCUUGCGUUCACAGAAUCUAUGGCGCGAGUAAUGUUGCAAAAAUGCUCCAGCAACUCCCAGCACAUUUAAGAGCUGCAGCAGCAGACUCUUUGUAUUAUGAGGCACAAAGCAGAACUGAGGACCCUGUCUAUGGUUGUGUAGGGAUUAUCUCUUUACUACACCAACAAAUUCACGGUGUAGAAAGCCAACUAGCUAAAACAAAAGCUGAAAUUGCAGUACUCAAUUCUCUUGCACAAGAACCUGCUCAAAUUCAAGAAAAUGAAGUAGAAGCUAGCUUCAACAAUUUCUUGCUGGAACAAGACAAUAUUGCUUGUGGCCAAUAUUUUAGCCAUUCCACUUACAUUCCUUCUAACUUUAUGUAG